AUGGGUGCCUCAUCUGCUGCCCUCUCCCUGCCCCUCGAUGCCUCCUUGCAUCCCCCAUCCCCCUCACAUCCCCCUCCAGCCGGCCUCUUUCUGCCCGGCCUGCCCCACUGGACCAAGCGGUCGCUCCCUCGCUCGCUGCGCAUCUCCCGCUCGCUGCUCUCCUUUCAAGAGAGCGCCCUGCUGGAGCACCGCCAGGAGUCCGCCCUCCUGCAGGGAAGGGUUGGCAGAGUGGACGAGGAAAACGAGGGGGGAAACCUGUCGUGGAAUGGAGAGAGCAACAUGGGGAGCAGUGGGGAGAGAAAUGGAGGGAGCACAGCGGAGAGAAACGAGCAGAGGAGUGUGAGAGUGAAGAGCUCGCUGCUGUCAGCAGCGGCGGCAGCGGUGGCAGCGCCAGUGUCCCCCGGAGAAUCCAUCCGGGCGGCGGUGGCCGUCUAUUCUGCCUCGAGGGAGUUCUGGUGGCCCCCCUCCACCCCCAAGCCUGUGAAACAAGCCAAGCUGUGCCUGCCCAGAUACUCCCCCCCUGUGCCUCUUAUUGGGCUGGAGAAGCUGAUGGAGGGCGGGACUGAGGCAAGUGGGACUGGGGCAGGUGGGACUGGUGGGUUUGCUGGGCCUGCCCGCUGCGCCUGCCGUCGCGUCGCCCCUGUUGUCCCGUCCCGUCCCGUCGCCCCUGUUGUCCCGUCGCCCCUGCCGUCGCGUCGCCCCUGCUGUCCCGUCCCGUCCCGUCGCCCCUGCUGUCCCGUCGCCCCUGCUGUCCCGUCCCGUUGCCCCUGCCGCCGCGUCGCCCCUGCUGUCCCGUCCCAUCCCGUCGCCCCUGCUGUCCCGUUGCCCCUGCUGUCCCGUCCCGUCGCCCCUGCCGUCGUGUCGCCCCUGCUGUCCCGUCCCGUCCCGUCGCCCCUGCUGUCCCGUCGCGUCGCCCCCUGCUGUCCCUUCUGUCCCGCCGCGUCGCGCCGUCCGUCCCGUCCUGUCCCGCCCGCGUCGCGCUUCCCGUCCUGUCCCGUCGCACGCGCCCCAUGCGCCCUGCCCGUCCGUCGCGCCCCGUGCGCCCUGCCCGUCCGUCGCGCCCCGCGCGCCCUGCCCGUCCAUCGCACCCCCGCUGCGCCCUGCUCGUCCGUCGCGCCCCCGCUGUGCCCUGCCCGUCCGUCACACCCCGUGCGCCCUGCCCGUCCGCACCUGUCGUGCCCGUCCCUACCAGUCGCAUCCUGUCUCGUCGCGUCGCACUGUCUGUCACGCACUACGCAAGCCCUUUAG